UCUUGGUAAAUGCAGUCCUACCUAUUGUCUUUCUUCUCCCUCCUUUUUCUUCGAAAUGCAAUGUUUAUACUAAACGAGAUGACUAUUGUACGUCAGCAACGCCCAUGGACGCACUCCUGCAUAGAUGUGUUGAGGGAAUGUCUAUCGCGUCGAUGCUAAUUGCAACGUUUUUAAAUACAAUAAUUGUUACAUGAUUCUUGAACAACGUUGUGUCACAUUAAGUUAAACAUAUCGCACGAUUGCGUUGUGCGACUCCAUUUGACUCCAUUGAUGUGAGUCACGAUCGAUUUGAGAAUAGCGUGACAGAAAUUUCACAAUUUGGACAAUUUGUAUCACUAUACAAUGCCAUGAGUGACCUUAAAGUAGAAUUGUCUGUGUCUUUUCCAAGCACCAGAGAAGCAGAAAUUGUAUAUCAAGUACUUCGGGUCGAUGAGGAACCACCGCGUAGUGAUGCCACAAAGAAGCUUACAUUAAAUAAUAAUAUUUUAGAAGUGUCAUUCAGUGGUAAGGAAGCAAAGAAAGUACGUGUGGCACUUACAUCUUUCUUUGAUAAUCUACUACUAGUUACAGAAACCAUCGAAAAAUUUGGUCCACCUGAACUGACAUAUAGUCAUUACGGAGCCAACAAUUAG